AUGAGCAACUCAUUAGAACAGCUUAAGGCUUCUGGAACCACUGUUGUCAGUGAUUCUGGUGAUUUCGCAUCCAUUGGCAAAUACAAGCCCCAAGAUGCCACCACCAACCCCUCGCUCAUCCUUGCCGCCUCCAAGAAGCCCGAAUACGCCAAGCUGAUUGACGUCGCUGUCGAGUACGGCAAGAGCCACGGCAAGAAUAUCGAUGAGCAGACCGAUGCUACUCUCGAUCGUCUUUUGGUCGAGUUCGGAAAGGAGAUCUUGAACAUUGUUCCAGGAAAGGUCUCAACUGAGGUUGAUGCCCGUUUCUCGUUCGAUACUCAAGGUUCAGUUAACAAGGCUCUCCACAUCAUUGAGCUCUACAAAUCCGUCGGCGUCGACAAGUCCCGCGUCCUGAUCAAGAUCGCCUCCACCUGGGAAGGCAUCCAAGCCGCGCGCAUCCUCCAAAAGGAGCACGGCAUCAACUGCAACCUCACCCUCCUCUUCUCCAAGGUUCAAGCCAUCGCCGCCGCCGAGGCUGGCGCCUACCUCAUCUCCCCUUUCGUUGGCCGCAUCCUCGAUUGGUACAAGGCCAAGACUGGAAAGACCUACAGCAAGGAGGAGGACCCAGGAGUUGCGUCUGUCAAGAGCAUCUUUGAUUACUACAAGAAGUUUGGGUACAAGACUAUUGUUAUGGGUGCUUCGUUCAGAAGUGUGGGUGAGAUUACGGAGUUGGCUGGUUGUGAUUACUUGACUAUUUCGCCCAACCUCCUCGAAGACAUGAUGGGAUCCUCCGACCCAGUCCCCAAGAAGCUCGACGCCAACAACGCCAAAUCCCUCGACAUCGAGAAGAAGUCGUACAUUGACAACGAGCCCGACUUCCGCUUCGACUUCAACGAGGACCAGAUGGGUGUUGAGAAGCUCCGUGAGGGUAUCAGCAAGUUCGCUGCUGAUGCCGUUACCUUGAAGGAUAUCCUCAAGGCUAAGAUUGAGGCUUAG